AUGUGCUGUGUGACUUCUGUGACAACUACUAUCAUAUGGAAUGGUGAACGUCUUCAAGAGUUUAAGCCUAGAAGAGGGCUUAGACAGGGGGAUCCCUUUUCUCCUUACUUAUUUGUGUUGUGCUUGGAACGACUCUCCAAUAUGAUUAGAACUAAAGUUGAGAAUAAGGAGUGGAAGGGCAUACAUGUUGCUAGGGGAGGACCAUGCCUGACCCACUUAUUAUUUGCUGAUGAUCUAAUGCUUUUUGCUAAGGCUGAUAUAUCUAACUGUGAUACAAUUAUGACUGUUAUGAAUGAAUUUUUUGAGAUUUUUGGUUUGAAAAUUAAUGCCCACAAGUCCAAAUUGUUUGUUUCCCCUAAUAUUGAUAGGAGAAACACUAGAGAAUUGAGCACUAAUUGUGGUAUUCCCUUGACUUUUGAGUUAGGGAAAUACCUUGGAGUUCCUCUUAUUCAUGGUAGAGUGAAUAAAGGUCAUUUUAAUACCAUCCUGGAAAAGAUGCAAAGGAAAUUAGCUGGCUGGAAAACUAGUGUUGUUUCCUUAGCUGGAAGAGCAACUCUGAUCCAGUCUGUUAGCUUUGUAUUACCUGCAUAUACAACGCAGACUAUGGAAUUGCCUAUAAAAGUGUGCAAUGAGAUUGAUAGACUGAACAUGAAUUUUCUGUGGGGUGACACCUUGGGAAAGAAAAGAAUUCAUCUAGUCAAAUGGGAUGAUGUUUGCAAACCUAAGAAACUUGGUGGUCUUGGGAUCAGGAAAGCUAGGAAUCAAAAUCUAGUUCUUCUUGUAAAGUUGAGUUGGAAAUGGAUUUGUGAGGAGGAAGCCUUAUGGAAAGAUGUUCUUAAGAGUAAAUAUCUUACGUCAUCUAAUUUAACUGUGGAUUUCUGGAAAGAUUGGUGGUGUGGUAACAAGCCUGUUGUGGAGAUUGUUCUCAACACACUUCAAUCUUAUGUCAAUGAGACUAAUGGUGUUAAAGUAAAUGACUUUCUCAGUGAUCAGGGUCACUGGGAUGCUGUGAAGCUACUUGACAUCCCUUCUUGUGUUUCAACUCUGGUUAUUAAUUUACCUUCACCACAGCUCUCUUCCAUUGAUGUACCUACUUGGAGGGGUUCUAUUGAUGGACGUUUUUCUACCUCUAGUGCUUAUAAUAUUUUGGCUGGGAGUACCAUUAAGCUCAACACAGAUGGUUGUAAGCAGCUAGGUGGAAAUGAAGGGUUUGAUGGCUUAUUUAAAGAUGAAGCUGGAACAUGGUUGUAUGCCAUGCAAGCUGUGAAGCUCUUGGAGGAGGAGAUUGAGGCAAAUUCUCCUUUCAAAGGACUUCUUGAAGAUGCCAAGAUCAUCAUGCAAGGUUGUGAGUGCACGGUACAACAUGUGUUCAAGGAGGGCAACCUAUGUGUUGAUGCUCUUGCCAAGUUUGGAGCUGAGCAACUUGAGGACAUGCUGGUGGUUAAUGAGCCACCAGCUGAGUUAAGGAGUCUGCUUGUUGCAGACAUGGUUAGAACUCCUAGGGAAAGGGCUUAG